UUGCCUUGUGCUGGAUACUGAUCAGAAUCCGUCUAGCCCAAAUGUGUUUUAAAAUCAAAUAAAAUAAAAUGACAUAUUUAAUGUAAAAAUGUCGAUUUAAACCUAGUUUAUUCCUUAACUACUUGCGGUGAAAUUGGAACUUAGACAUAUUUUUAGUGCGAAAAUGAGACUCUAUUAUAACGCCCUCUCUAGUGGAAUAUGGCAACUGAAUGAGACAGGAAACAUAAUGUAAACAGUCAACAAUCCAAAUUAUAACAUUGUUUUUAAACGUAUCUUAAAAUGCCAAAUAGUCACGAUCACUGUAGUGUUUACAAUUGCUCCUCAUAUAGAAAGAAAUGUCCAGAACUUUCUUUUCAUUUUUUUCCCAAGCCAAACGAGAAGAUAUUGGUCACGGAUGAACAAGGUAGAAUGCAGCUUUGUAAUCGCUUAAAAAUAUGGAUCGCUAAAUUACAAAUGAAGAAUCCAGUUCAUAAACGUAUGAAAAUAUGUUCCCGUCAUUUUACCAACGACGAUUUUGUUUUAAAAGGUUUGAGCAAUAGGAAAUGCUUAAAAAAAAGCGCAGUGCCUUCUAAAAAUUUGCCAGUGGGGUAUGAUAGGAAACCGCAAGCAAAUAAUAAAUAUCUUCAGUACAAGAAACAAAGCACUGCACCUGCACCUUUAUCGACAAUAAGUACUUAUGAAACUUUGGCAGUAGAAGGGCUUGUACUGUUAAGUAAACAUUCUUUUUCAAAUAAAAGUCGUAAUGAAUCAAUUAAUGUUUACAAUUCAGGUGAAAUGGUGGAUAAUAGGAAAAUAGAACCAAUUAUGCAUUCAGGUGUUGAUGUUAUAAUAAAAUAGAUCUGUUGUAUAAUUUAUUUGAUGUUAGCUUUGUAAAU